GCUCCGACUGCAUGAAGAAAAGGUCAUUAAAGAUCGGCGGCACCACCUCAAGACCUACCCGAACUGCUUCGUUGCCAAAGAGCUGAUCGACUGGCUGAUUGACCAUAAAGAGGCCUCCGACCGAGAGACGGCAAUUAAACUGGUGCAGAAAUUAUUGGAUCACAGCAUUAUCCAUCAUGUCUGUGAUGAACAUAAGGAAUUCAAGGAUGUCAAACUGUUCUACCGCUUCAGAAAAGAUGAUGGGACGUUUCCACUGGACAAUGAGGUGAAGGUCUUCAUGAGAGGACAAAGACUGUAUGAAAAGCUAAUGAGUUCUGAAAAUACUCUUCUGCAAGCCAGGGAAGAGGAAGGAGUCAAGUACGAACGGACCUUCGUGGCAUCGGAGUUCAUUGACUGGCUGAUCCAGGAAGGAGAGGCCACGACACGGGCUGAAGCAGAGCAGCUUGGCCGCAGACUUUUGGAGCACGGGAUUAUACAGCAUG